AGGCAACGCCUCCGGUGUCACCUGCUGGCGGAGGAUCCCCCCCGAAGAGCCCGAGCCACCAGCCCGGCAGCUCGCCGUCGAUGCAGGCGGAGGCAUCCAAGGAGAAGACCGCCAUCGUGCCUGCCCUCAAGCCUCCCACGCACCAGGACUCACUUGGAAGAAGCCCCCGCGGGCGCUCAGGGAGGCGCUCGCGGGACAUCGUGGAGAAGAAGUGGCAGUGGAAGCACCGGACUGGAUGGAGAGAUUAUGGAGCAGACGUCUCUGCUGAGAUCGAAAGGGCGUUCCAGACGGGCGACUCCAAAGCGAGGCUCAAGUCUGGCAAGAAAGGCAACCAGCCCAUGGAGAUCUUUUUCGCCGGUGGCACAAUUUCAGGGGGUGACACAUGGUGUGGGAUAGAGCUGCCGUGCGAUACCGAACCCUUCUACGUCGACAUGCUGCAGUACGACGCCAGCAGCGGGAGCAAGAGAGGGGUUCAGCGCGUUGGUCCAGAUCCAUGGUGGCAGCGCGCAUUGCGGGGAGUGAGGACGUAUGUGCGUGCAUGGGAGACUGGCCGACCAAGAAGAGAGAAUUACGAUACGUGGUGUCACCGCGAUUCUGCGCUGAGAUCGGCGAGCGAGCCUGCCGACGAGACUACGAGCUUGUUUCACGAAGCCGCAUUAUUCAAAAGGUCUGGCCGCUUCCAGGCCAUCGCGAGGAGCAAGUACUUCAAGACCUGGGCGACGAUCCUGGUCGGCGCCAACGCGGUCUGGCAAGCCGUGGAGCUGGACUGCAACCCCGCAGUGAUGCUGAGCGACGCAGACAUCGGGUUCCAAAUAGUGGAGCACUCGUUCUGCGCGUUGUUCGCACUAGAGAUCUUGGCGUGGGCCGGAGAGGCAAGGAGGUCGGCGAGGAGAUGGAUUGAUUCAUGCUAUUCCUGUGAACUUGACACUCGGUAGGGUAUGUUGUUACAUAGAGCUUGCCUUUUAGGGCCCGCAUUCAUCAUGUAAGAGACUGGCCCUGUGUGCCGCAGUUGGUCUUUCGCGCACUGGUUCACGAUAGGCUGGUGCGCUAUGGGCUACGGGCCGGUGCCCUGUGUUUGAUGCCCUGCGGUGUCCUGUCUGCCCGAGUCGUCCGUUCGCGCGCUGGUGCACUGCGGGCUGGCGUCCUGUGGUCGGUAACUUGCAGUCCAG